AUGAGCAAAUCAAAAUCAAAUAUUCGUCAACCACGACAACGUAUCGCUUCAAAUUACCUUCUCAUCUGGGUAGAUGCCAGCAUCGAUCAAGCAGACAAGGACAGCCAGAAUACACUGGCUCAGUUGAAGAACGUGGUCAAUGAUGUCAGCUUAUGCACGGAACCGAAUCAGUGCAUCCAAGCACUCAACAAGGUUGACAAGAAACAAGCCUUUGUGAUAACAUCAGGCUCGUUAGGUCAAUUUCUGGUUCCUAAAAUUCAUGGCAUGCCACAGUUAGAUACCAUUUACAUCUUUUGUGGCAACAAAUCCAGACAUGAAGAAUGGGUACAAAAAUGGACAAAAAUCAAAGGUGUCCAUACAAAUAUCAAAGACAUCUGCCAAGCAUUACAAGUGGCGGUUAAACAAUGUGAUCAAGACACAAUAGCCGUCAGUUUUCUCGCGGUAAAUGAAAUGGGUUCAACUAAUAAUUUAAAUCAGUUGGAGCCAACUUUUAUGUACACCCAACUAUUCAAGGAGAUUCUCCUUGACAUCGAAUAUGAUAGCAAGGCAAUCAAGGACUUAGCAGUUUGUUGUCGUGAAGUUUUUGCUGGCAACUCAAUUGAAUUACAAGUGAUCGAUGAAUUCGAACGUGAUUAUCGUCCAAAAAAAGCAAUAUGGUGGUAUACACGUGAGUGCUUUACCUACAAAAUGCUCAAUCAAGCACUUCGAAUAAUGGAUGCCGAUAUCAUCAUUAACAUGGGCUUCUUUCUGCGUGAUGUACAUCAACAAAUUCAACAGUUGCAUGAACAACAGGUCAGUAAAUAUGGAAGAAAAUCUUUUUUAGUUUAUCGAGGACAAGGUCUUAUGACAUCAGACUUUGAAAAACUUCAGAAAGCAAAAGGUGGACUAAUGUCAUUUAACAAUUUCUUGUCCACCAGUAAAAAUAAAGAAGUGUCUCGCGACUUUGCUGGACGUGCUUCAACAGAAUCAAAUAAGGUGGGCAUUCUCUUUAUAAUGUCCAUUGAUCCUUCUAUCAAAUCAACACCAUUCGCCUGUAUUACUGAACUUAGUUAUUUCAAGGCACAAGAAGAAGAAAUUCUCUUCUCAAUGCACACUGUCUUUCGCGUAACCGCAAUUAAACAAAUGGACAAUAAGAAUGAACUUUAUCAAGUUGAAUUAGAAUUAACAUCGGAUGAUGAUCAACAACUACGAUCACUUACUGAUCGGAUACGAGAAGAAGCUGGUGGUGGCACUGGAUGGCAAAGAUUGGGUAGCUUAUUGCUUAAAAGCGGUCAGUUUAAUAAAGCUGAAGAACUUUAUAAUGUAUUACUCGAACAGACAUCUGAUGAGAGUGAAAAAGCGCAUUAUUAUGGCAGUUUGGGAUAUGUCAAAGAUGAUCAAGGUGAUUAUAAGAAAGCUAUUUGGUAUUAUGAACAGGCACUUGAAAUUCAAGAAAAAACUCUUCCUUCUAAUCAUCCUUCAUUGGCUACUUCAUACAACAACAUCGGUUUGGUGUAUAACAACAUGGGAGAAUACUCGAAAGCACUUUCAUACUACGAAAAAGCACUUGAAAUUAAACAAAAAACUCUUCCUUCUAAUCAUCCUUCAUUAGCUACUUCAUACAACAACAUCGGUUUGGUAUAUUCCAAGAUGGGAGAGUACUCGAAGGCACUUUCAUAUUACGAAAAAGCACUUGAAAUUAAACAAAAAACUCUUCCUUCAAAUCAUCCUUCAUUGGCUACUUCAUACAACAACAUCGGUGAGGCAUACAGGCAAAUGGGAGAGUAUUCGAAAGCACUUUCAUAUUACGAAAAAGCACUUGAAAUUCAAGAAAAAACUCUUCCUUCAAAUCAUCCUUCUUUGGCUACUUCAUAUAGCAACAUCGGUAGUGUGUAUGACAGCAUGGGAGAGUACUCGAAAGCACUUUCAUAUUACGAAAAAGACCUUGAAAUUUGUCAAAAAACUCUUCCUUCAAAUCAUCCUUUAUUGGGUACUUCAUAUAACAACAUCGGUUUUGUAUAUCAAAAUAUGAAAGACUAUUCGAAAGCAGUUUCAUAUUAUGAACGUGCUCUGGACAUAUUGCAACGUGCAUUACCUCCAACUCAUCCUAAUAUAAAAAGUGUGAAAGAAAGUAUUGAAAUUGUAAAAAAGAAAUUAUGA